CCACAUGAGGGACAGAUCACUAGUUAGUUGAAAUGGAGGCUUUCAAACUUCGGAUCCAAUGCACGUAAUCUCUCUCUCUCUCUCUCUCUCUCUCUCUCUCAGCAAUGGCUGAGUUGUGUUGCGUCAAGGAGAUGGAAGAUGACGUGGAGACCCGAUUACCGACCCGACCCGGAUUGGAAAUUCCGGCUGAUCAAGAAGAUCCGGCGGUCCAGAACGACAGAGGAAACGGCGGGUGCAAGACCCCGACGUCGUCGGGUCACAAGAUUCCGGCGAUGAGAAAGUGCCCUCCAGCCCCGAGAAAACCGAAACCAAACCGGCCGGUCAAGAGGAAAUUAACGUCGGAGAAAGGAAACCGGGUUCCAAUCGAUCUGAGCCGUGAGAUCGAGUUAUUCUUCGAGGAUAUGGACCGUCGGAUCAAGAAAUCCCGGAGACACGAGAAAGGAGAGGGAGAGUAUUAAUUGGUGGCAAUUGAGGUGAAAUUUUCAGCUUUGGUUAAUAAUUUAUAUAAUCGCUUUUAUGUAUAAUUAAUUAGUUGCAGCUGAGAAAAUAAUUAUUGAAAACGAAAAUCAAGCUGUAAUUAGUGGCUGAUAAUCAAUAAGGUUUUUCUAUUGAUAGACUUUGUAUUAAAAUUCAUGUAUUGCUGGUUAUUAAAUCUUAUAAUCUCUUAUUUGCAAU